UCUUACUAUUUUCCAUACAUCAUGUGCAGACUUUAAACCAGUUUACUUCAUGACAGACUUUGAUGAAAGAGAGAUUUCUGCAUUGGAAAAUGUAUUCAGUGACGCAAAAGUACUGUUAGGUGACUUCCAUCGCAAUCAGGCCUGGGAGCGUUGGACCAAAAGAAAGGAUAAUUCAAUGGGACGGGCCAGUGACAUUAUUAAAUACUUGCAUCAGCUUGCAAAUGCACCAGACCCUGAGUCAUUUGACACAGCUUUACAAAAAUUUGUAGACUCUGAUGUAUGGCAAGGUAAUGUCCAGCUGCAGCAAUACUGCCAAAGGGUCUGGUUUCCCCACAAGAAGAGAUGUGCCAAAGCCUACAGAAGUGGGAAGUUUGAAGUCAUAGCUGGCACAAAUAAUGGUCUUGAGUCCAGUCACUGCACUUUCAAGAAGUUCUUCUUGCAUGGUGAAACGAAUUUCAACCUAAGCAACAUGUUGAGAAGCCUGAUAAAAGACUUCUUCCCAUCAAGAUACAGAACAUACGUUGAGAAGAAUCGGCUAUACUCUGGAAAAUUCAGAAAUUACUCAGAAGAUGUACCACCUUAUCUGCGAAGCCGGCCGAAGAAUUUCAUAAAGCACUGCCUGGAGAGCCUUGAAUUGUCCAAAUCUAUCGAAAGAAGUCAAGUGGAGUCCAAGGGUGAUGGUAUUUUCUUCAUCAAUGGAGGUACCAAGUAG